AUGGACGACGCAUACGACAUCGCGCCCCCUGUGGACUCUGGCGUGGGGAUGCCUGCCUCCAAUGGCGGCGACCCUGGAUGGACCGACGACCGUGACAGAGACCGUGACCGCGAGCGGGAUACGGACCGUCGUGGGCGGAGCCGUAGCCGUAGCCCAGCCAGAGAUGGAGGCAGCGUGGCCGGCAACCCUGGCAACAACCUCCACGUCUCUGGCAUUGGUCACCGCAUCGACACGCGCGACCUCGAAGCCGCCUUUGCAAAAAUUGGCAGAGUCACUAAGGCUCAAGUUGUGUAUGACCCUCACACUCGCGAGUCGCGUGGCUUCGGCUUCGUCACGAUGGAAACACCGGAGGAGGCCGAUGCUGCUAUUGCAGCACUGAAUGGCACUGAUCUUGGCGGUAAAAAUCUCCAUGUCGAAAAAGCUCGUCGUGGUCGUGCACGAACCCCGACUCCAGGUCGUUAUUACGGCCCACCCAAGAGAAGUGACCGUGAGCGGCCCUAUGAUCCUCGCCCGUAUGACUCGCGCUACUCGAGGGACUACGACCGUGGAGGCCGUGGCGGAGGUGAGAGACGAUAUGCGGAUGACUAUGACCGCCGUGGUGGGGGAGGCCGAAUGGCAACAAAUGACUUGGUCACUCAAGUGGCCGAAAUCCUCGACGCCGGCGCUGUUGUCGCAGGCGGGAGCGGCAAUUCUGGUCUGUCAUAUGUUCUUGCGCCAGGAAUCCACCUCAAUGUAAUUAUAACUACAGAGGGCGUCCUUGUGCCUGCCGACACGUGGUGCUCGACACCAGAAAGUAUUGCCUCCCAAGUUCGUGAAGUAACGGGUGAAGUCCAUGCCAAUGGGAUGAUCUACGAUGAGGCUUGCCUUUGGCGACUCAAAGAGACGAUAACAUACGGGUUCAUUCCCUGGCAGGCUGGCGGGCGCAACGCGGUUGACUUGUCCACACAAGGGGAAGCCGAGCCGACCGCGUACCGCCAGAAAACGGUCAAAGACGCGUUGGAGUACUACAUGAAGCGCGCGAAUCUCCAGUUCGAACAGGUACCCGACAGCGUCAUGGCCAACCUCGACUUCUCCCGGGCAGACCACCGCCAGCAGGUUGAUAUCCGGAUCGCGUUUGGGCGGAAGACUGCUGCCGAGAACUGGGGUUGGUCGUGCUUCGGGCCACUGCACCGGCAGUAUAUCUUUCUCCCUGGGCCGAAGUGUCCAAAAGCGGAGGACCCCGGCCCGGCCUAUACGACGAUUUACUUCGGUGGACUGCCAGCGACGGCUGACGCUGCGGGCAAAACUCCCGCAAGAGACCUCGUUAGGGCCCAUUCGACGGUUUUCCAUGAGUUGGGACACACCCUUGGCCUGGCUCACGAACACGAGUCGCCGCUCUCCCCAACAGCCGACGCAACAACUGCAGAGGUCAUGGUAGCAACAUUGUUCGACGAGAAAAGUAUUAUGCUGUACUCUGGCAAGAAGUACGUCAAAGAUCCUAGCAAAAUCACGAAAGAGAACCACUCUCCCUCGCCCACUGACCUCGCACUCAUUCGGUUGAUGUAUCCCGACAGCGCAAAGAAGAACAGUGAGUUCGACAAGGCGAUGGACCACAUGAAGUUCAAGGACAAUGUGAAGAAGGAAUUCCUCGAGAAUUUGGCCACCGCUCUCUCGGGUCCCAGUGGACAUGAAAUCAUACAUGCAAAGAUUACGGGCUUGCGCCGCGACAUUGCCAAAACGAUCUAUGACAAACAUUAG